CAGUGGUUGAGCCACGCCUCUGACAGGGCGCAAAGCGUCAUGGGAAAAGGAAGCAGCUCCUCUGCCGACAGCAUAGGGCAGACGGUCCGACAAAAAGAAACAUUUACAAUACUUCCUGAGAUAGAUGGUUUUCGUAUUCGCCUCAUUAAACAUCAUUUAAUCGGUUUCUAAAUAAAUGUAAACUAAGAACUAUGUAAAUUGAAACAAAAACGAUAGUCGCAUACCGGUAUCGACUGGCUGUUAGUUGUCGGCAUAAUAACAGGCUAACCUGUUAGCUGUUAAAUAGCUUGAAUGGAACUGUCUCUAAAAUACACAUUUUCGAAAUAACUUUCCUUAAAGAAAUCCUCACACAGUGGAAAGGAGUUAGGGUGAAAAGUUCUGUUUUGCGAAAGGGAAAAUCUUACCCUAAGACGUGUGAGGCAACUUCGCAAAGUCUGAUCACUAGUAAAUUUCUACGGAAUUGUUGCUAGCUAUCUAGCAAGCUUACAUCGCCUACCUGGUUGAGGAGCAACGUCAUUGCAAGCUGAAUUGCUUCGGGGCUUUGCAGUUAAAUAGAAAUACACCACGGACGGAAACGGUGAUUAUUAUCUAAGCGAACUGAAGAUGAGCUACAAGCCGAUUGCACCCGCCCCUACCGGAUCAAACCACACGCCACCAGGCUCCAGUGUUCCAUCCCCCUCCCUUCCCUCUUCCAACUUUAGGCCAACUUUCAGUGAAUUUGGUCCACCGUCCAUGGGCUUUGUACAGCCUGUGAAAGUAUCUCAGGGUUCCACCUACAGCGAGUUGCUGUCUGUCAUUGAGGAGAUGGGCCGUGAGAUCCGGCCCACUUAUGCCGGCAGUAAGAGUGCCAUGGAGAGACUUAAGAGAGGUAUCAUCCAUGCACGUGCUCUAGUAAGGGAAUGUCUGGCUGAGACUGAGAGAAGUGCUCGCACAUAACCUCCCCCUCACCGUCAUUUCUUUUCUCUACCAUCACUUCCUCCUCUGAGCCCUUUCACUCACACCUCCUCUCCUUCCUCUCUCUCUCACUCACACACACACACACACACAUACACACAGUGCUCCCCAUCCCUCUUCAAAAGAAUUCCUCCAAGCCUUUCCCCCAGUUUUCAGAUAGAGCCAAUGCUGUUAGCGUGGCAAUUUUGUAAUCCUGAUUUUUGCAGUUUCAGUACUUGUAUCAAGAAUAAAGUGAAUCAUUAAUAGAAAAA